GUGGCGUCAUUGUGGAGAGGUGGCUGGUGUGGCAGGACCCGAGCGAGGCUGCCGCGAGUGUAAUUUCCUGCUUCUGGCGUCAGAUAGUGUCCGUUCUGCAGGGAGCCGCCGCCGCCACUGCUGAUGUGGCUUUAUGAAAGUUACAACUUAUAACACUGUGGUGGAAGCGAGCUCAGACUCUGACGAUGAAGACAAACUCCACAUCGUGGAGGAAGAAAGCGUCGCAGAUGCGGCUGACUGUGAGGGCGGCGUGCCCGACGACGACGACGUGCCAGCAGACCAGACAGUGCUACCAGGGGCCAGUGACAGGGGGGCCACUGCCAAGGGCUGCUGGCAAGACGCCGUAAAAGAUGAAGAGUGUGACUCAGACGCAGAAAAUGAGCAAAACCAUGAUCCUAAUGUGGAAGAGUUCCUGCAACAACAAGACACCGCCAUCAUCUACCCCGAGGCGCCCGAGGAGGACCAGAGGCAGGGCACGCCGGAAGCCAGCGGCCAUGACGAAAAUGGAACGCCAGAUGCAUUUUCCCAGUUGCUCACCUGCCCGUACUGUGACAGAGGCUACAAGCGCUUCACGUCUUUGAAGGAACACAUUAAGUACCGCCAUGAGAAGAACGAAGACAACUUCAGCUGCUCCCUGUGCAGUUACACCUUUGCAUACAGAACCCAGCUCGAGCGUCACAUGACAUCACAUAAGUCAGGAAGAGAGCAAAGACACGUGACACAGUCCGGGGGUAACCGUAAAUUCAAGUGCACUGAGUGUGGAAAAGCUUUCAAAUACAAGCACCAUCUAAAAGAGCACUUACGAAUCCACAGCGGAGAGAAGCCAUAUGAAUGCCCAAACUGCAAGAAACGGUUCUCCCAUUCUGGCUCCUACAGCUCACACAUAAGCAGUAAGAAGUGCAUUAGCUUGGUGCCUGUGAAUGGGAGGCCCAGGUCAGGGCUCAAGACAUCUCAGUGUUCCUCACCAUCUCUCUCGGCAUCACCAGGCAGUCCCACGCGCCCACAGAUACGCCAGAAGAUGGAGAAUAAACCCCUUCAAGAACCGCUUUCUGUAAACCAAAUCAAAACUGAACCUGUGGAUUAUGAGUUCAAACCCAUAGUGGUUGCUUCAGGAAUCAACUGUUCAACCCCUUUACAAAAUGGGGUAUUUAGCGGUGGUGGCCAAUUGCAGGCUACCAGUUCUCCUCAGGGUGUGGUGCAGGCUGUUGUUCUGCCAACAGUUGGCUUGGUAUCUCCCAUAAGUAUCAACCUGAGUGACAUUCAGAAUGUACUUAAAGUGGCAGUGGACGGCAAUGUAAUACGGCAGGUUUUGGAGAACAACCAAGCCAGUCUUGCAUCCAAAGAGCAAGAAGCACUCAGUGCUUCCUCCGCCCAGCAGGGUGGCCAUUCUGUCAUUUCUGCCAUCAGUCUUCCUUUAGUUGAUCAGGACGGGACAACCAAAAUUAUCAUCAACUACAGCCUGGAGCAGCCCAGCCAACUUCAACUUGUUCCUCAGAAUUUAAAGAAAGAAAGCGCAGCCCCCACCAACAGCUGCAAGAGCGAGAAGUUACCAGAAGACCUUACUGUUAAGUCCGAGAAGGACCGAGGCGCCGAGGGGUCCGGGGAGGACAGCACUUGCCUUCUGUGUGACGACUGCCCAACACUGACCGCCCUCCCUGCGCUGAAGCACCAUGACCCGGAGCGCCCAGCUCAGCCCGCAGCCCCCGGCCCGGAGCCCUGCGCCUCGGCAGCCGGAGACAGCGACCUGGGUGAUCUGUCACCCAGCCAGCCUCCGUUAAAGAACCUCCUGUCGCUCUUAAAAGCCUACUAUGCCCUGAACGCGCAGCCAAGCACCGACGAGCUUGCCAAGAUUGCGGACUCGGUGAACCUACCGCUGGACUCGGUCAAAAAGUGGUUUGAGAAGAUGCAGGCCGGACAGAUUCCGGGACAGGCUCCCGAGCCACCCUCUCCAGACAAUGCGGGGAGCGUCCCUGCGGAGAGCGACCAGGACCCUCAACCUGCGGAUGGGGACGAGCCCCAGGAGGACGGCCCGGGGGGCCAGAGCCCGCUCAAGGUGGCCAGCUCACCCGCUGGGCCGGGGCGGCCAGCCGUCAACGGCCCCCAGAGUUGUGCCCCGUCCCCCACGCCCCUGAACCUGUCCUCGGCCAGGACCCCGCAGGGCUACCCCUGCGGGCCGGAGGACGCCCGGGAGGAGCCCCAGGUGGAGCCCCUGGACCUCUCACUGCCAAAGCAGCAGGGAGACGGGCCAGAAAGGUCAAGCGUCAGCAGCGUUUACCAGAACAGUGUUUAUUCUGUCCAGGAGGAGCCCUUGAACUUGUCCUGUGCAAGGAAGGAGCCCCAGAAGGACAGCGGUGUUACAGACUCAGAACCAGUUGUAAAUGUAAUCCCACCAAGUGCCAACCCCAUAAAUAUCGCUAUCCCUACAGUCACUGCCCAGUUGCCCACCAUCGUGGCCAUCGCCGACCAGAGCAGCGUCCCGUGCUUGCGCGCGCUCGCUGCCAACAAGCAGACUAUUCUGAUCCCGCAGGUAGCCUACACGUACUCGGCCACCGUCAGCCCCGCGCUGCAGGAGCCGCCCAAGGUGGUGCAGCCCAACGGGAGCCAGGAUGAAAGACAGGACACUAGCUCGGAGGGCGUCUCCACCGUGGAGGACCAGAACGACUCUGACUCCACACCACCCAAAAAGAAAACUCGGAAGACAGAGAAUGGGAUGUACGCGUGUGACCUGUGUGACAAGAUAUUUCAGAAGAGCAGCUCGCUGUUGAGACACAAGUAUGAGCACACAGGGAAAAGGCCUCACGAGUGUGGAAUCUGUAAAAAGGCGUUUAAACACAAACAUCAUUUGAUUGAACACAUGCGGUUACAUUCUGGAGAAAAGCCCUACCAAUGCGACAAGUGUGGAAAGCGCUUCUCACACUCGGGGUCUUACUCUCAGCACAUGAAUCACCGCUACUCCUACUGCAAGAGAGAGGCCGAAGAAAGAGACAGCGCAGAGCAGGAGGAGGCUGGGCCCGAAGUCCUGCGGAGCGAGCUCUCUGGGGCCCGGGCGUCCCCCUCACAGGCCGACUCAGAUGAAAGAGAAAGUUUGACAAGGGAAGAGGAAGAAGACAGUGAAAAGGAAGAAGAGGAAGAGGAGGAUAAAGAGAUGGAAGAAUUGCAGGAAGAAAAGGAAUGUGAAAACCCCCCGGGGGAGGAAGAAGAGGAGGACGAAGAGGAGGAUGAAGAAGAAGAGGAAGAAGAGGAGGAGGAGGUAGAUGAAGCCAAGCAUGAGGCAGCAGCCAAGACUGAGGGUGCGGAGGCCGGAGCGGCACAGCAGGCGGGCAGCCUGGAGCAGAAGGGGAGGGAGAGCGAGCAGCUGUCUGAGGAGAAGACAAAUGAAGCCUAGGGCUCCUUCUACAAGGAAAUUCUACUUGGUAAUGAAAUUUGCUCUAUAUUACCCAUGCUUUUCAUGGGACCACGGCUCCCGUGCUGUGGUUCCUGCUCACUACUGUGUAAUGUCAGAACUGAAAAAAAAAAAAAAAAAUACAAAAAAAAAAAAAAUCCGGGUGUGCCUGAACCUCAAACCUAGUAAUUUUUCAUGCAGUUUUCAAAGUUAGGAACAAGUUUGUAACAUGAAGCAGAUUAGAACACUUUACUGACUCAGAAAACAAGGUUUCUAGCAGGGAGCUGGAUGAGCGCCUGGCACGGCUAUCAGUAUUAUCACUCUUACGUUGGUUCAUUCUUAAGCUGUACAAUGGGAGAAGUUUUAUAAUUUUUUAUUGGUAAACAUAUGCUAAAUCCACUUCAGUAUUUUAUUAUGUUUUUUUAAAAUGUGAGAACUUGUGCACUACAGAAUUCCCUUCACAGAGCGGUAGAAAGCGGUUCCAAGCGCGCUGGCUGCCUGCUGCCAGGCCAGUCGGGAGGGAGCACCUGACGGCAGAGCCACGCGUUGCUAGCCAGAAGGGAGCAGCCGAGAGAACUGGCGUUUCUUACUCGUGUGAUUGUCAGUGGAGUUCAAAGGUUGUCGUUGAGUUCUGACUGCAGGGACGGACGGACAGUGUGGUGUGGUGAGGACGACAGUCGGCACAAUCAGUGUCCGUGAUUGUUCACGUACGUGGUAGCAGCUCUGCAGGAGCCGUAGGAAGCGCUGUGUCUCCUUUGGCCUUAAGCAAGACCUGUGCUGGAAGUGCCAUUGUCAGUAUUUUAGGCUCUGCUGCCUUCGCUCAGUGUGUGGCCUCCGAUAACUAGCAUUUGUUGAUUGUUUGUUCCAAGUUUCCCAAUAAAACUCCAAACCACUGACCUGUCGGAGAAGCUGAAGUCCUGGGACGGUUCCUCCUUUGGUUCCUCAGUUUUCGUUUUGUGUUGAUUGACUCUCAGAAAUCUCUACAGAAACAAAAGGGAAAUUCUCCAAACUCCUUCCUCCAUGUACUCGCGUGUCGGACAUGGAUAAGCCAUUGGUAUUAAGCUCACAACCAUUUCCAAAUGUUAGUUAUUACGGACCCAGUUAAUGAACAACAUUAGCUGAUUUUUACCUACCAGUAUUAUUUUCUUUCUUUUAGUUUAUAGAUCUGUGCAACAUUUUUGUACUGUACGUCCUCAAGCCUGGCAGUAUUAAUACCCUUCUUACUGACACGUACUUUUAGUUUUAGAAAACUUUUAUAUUUAUGUGUCUUAUUUUUAUAUUUCUUUAUUUAUUACACAGUGUAGUGUAUAAUACUGUAGUUUGUAUUAAUACAAUAAUAUAUUUUAGUAUGAAAUUUUGGAAAGUUGAUAAGAUUUAAAGUAGAGAUGCAGUUGGUUCCUGUGCAUUGAGAUUUGAUUUAACAGUGUUCUGUUAACAUUUAUACUCGCCGUGGACUGUAGAACGGAGUUUAAAUGGGAAUGUAUUAGUUUUACAACUACAAUCAAGUCAUUCUCCCGUUACCCAGUUUUUAAUAUGAAACUCUUACACUUUGAAACUCACUGUGUGGCUCAUAGCAUGAUGCUCUGCAGGUCUUCUGUUGAGAGUUAGCCUAACUCAUCCCUUAGCAAGCCAAAUUAGCCUCGCCUUCUGUGCACAGUGCUGGGACAGUGUUUAACAUGUCGUGCCAAUCUGUCCCUGUACCCAUGUAUGUAAGCUACCAACCCAACUCUUCCUUUUAAGUUCCUUGUUACACCAUGGUCAUUUUCUAGUUUUUUACCAGACUGCCCAGCUCACAAUAAAAUGCAUCAACAAGCCUAA